AUGUCCAAAUUUAAAGAUUAUCCCGUUCUGCCUGGAUACAAAGUGGACCCUCACAAACAGAGCCAGCAAAAAUUCAACAAAUCUCAGCACUUUGGCGUUCGCAACGAUGUUUGCAUGCUGACUGACGUCGCAAGACCCAACCCUGACGGCACUUUAGUGGUCGCUGAAGGCCAAGUGCCACCUGGACCAAAGAACCACUGGCUUUACUUUGACAAACAGGUGUUGAAGUUUGACGCGGAUUGCUUUGAGAAAAGCGGAAAGAAAAAGUCGUGCCAAUUGUAUUAUUUUUUGGAGGAUGACACAAUUCAGGUGGUGGAGCCAAAGGUGACCAACAGCGGCUGUUUCCAAGGAACUUUGAUCCACCGGCACCGUGUGCCAAUGCCCACCAAGUGGGAAAAGAACCGAGAAAAUGUGGCGCAAAUCAAUUCGAUGGCCGCGCACGGCAGCGGCUUUUACAGCGUCGCCUCCUUGAACGUCGGCAACACGCUUGACAUUUACGGCCGUCGCUUCGUCCUCACCGGCUGCGACAGAUUUACCCGACUAUUGCUGGAGAAACUUGGACUCUCGGUACCUCAAGAUAAGCCUCAGCUCAGGGCUGUUAAAGAGGAGGACAAAAAAGAAGUGGCUCCGAAAAGCACAUCUGUGCCGGACGAAAGGCGGUUCUUGAAACUGGACGGGGUCGUCCUCAGUUUCAAAGGCUACUGGGACGACCGCGAGCAUGAAGGCGGUCUUCUGCAUAAGGUCACGCUGCUCUUCUACCUGGCCGACGACACCUUGGAGGUGUUGUUUGAAGACGGCGGCCGCAUGGUCAAAAGGCAGUGUCUGCCCAAGAAGGAGGUGUCUGUCGACCUCGGCGCCCCUGACCAGCUGCCCAUCCUCAACGUCAUGAAGGGCAGACAGUUUCUCAAGGACGCCAGUCCUGCCGAUGGCGCCUACCGGAAGAUCGACUACGUCCGAGACCACGAGUUGUUCAUUGGAGCCACUGUGAACGUGUACGGACGUCCGGUGGUGCUCGUUAGCUGCGACAAAUUCACGCAAAAGUAUUACAACGACCGAUACGGAAAAGAGGAUUUUACUCCCUUGCCAUACCCGCGCGACGAAACGCGAGAAUCUGCCAAACAUCCACCCAAGGGCCAUUUGCCUCCCUACAAUGGUUUUGGUUCGUACGAAGAUUCGGCGGCCAACUGCAAGAGUUUCAUCAUGAAGGAAAGGCAGAAGGAUCUCACCCAGUUUUUCACGAAAGACAGGCAAGGUUUGGAGAGUCACGUUUUGAGAUUUGCUGCCAAACUAAAGGAGGGAUGCGAAGUUCGCAAGUUUAUCUUUUCCUAUUACUUGAGCGACGACACCAUUUCCAUUCACGAGGUGUUCACUCCCAACACUGGCUACAAAGGUGGCAAGUUUUUGGAAAGAGGUGCCCUUUUCAAGCCUAACCAGGACAUGCUCAAUGUGGACGACAAACCCGAGCUGUACAGGGCCGACGACUUUUUUAUCGGCGCGACAAUUGUGGUCAACAAAUUCGAGUUUGUCCUGCACGACGCUGACGACUACGCGCUCACCUACAUGGAGACCAACUGCAGGGAGUUUCCCCUGAGCAACAGCAAACUGAUUUUGGACAAAAUGCGACCUCACCUCGGCACCAGGUACAAAGACAUGGUCGCAGCUCUCAUGGAAAACGACGACUACGGCCACGGAGCAGUUGCCACUCGGCACUUUCGGGAUAUUUUGGAAGCCCUCUUGCCUGAGGAUUUCCUCACAGAACACGAGUACGUCACUUUGCUUCGCAGAUACGCUGUGCCUGACGAUCAGCCCCCCAAUCAUGCCUUGAGGUCAAAAGUGCACUCGCUGUUGCAACGCCAGUUGUUCAAAGACAUCGACCUUCUCAAAAUUGAACUUAUUGACCGAGAUCACAGAAAAACGGGUUUCCUGGACAGGAACAACGCCUGGGCCGCUUGCCGCAGUCUACCCGUGCCUUUGCCUGUCGACCUAUUGGCGAAAAUAUUUGACACAAUAAAAACCAGCAGCAAUGGGGACGUUGAUUACCAGGACCUGUUGUGGUAUUUGGACUGCGAAAACCAGCCGGCCAAUUUGGAAAUUCAAAAUGAAGGGGCUGUUGGUUUUAUGUUUGCAAGGAAGCCCAGGAAGAGCAAAAACGAAGUGAGCUACAAGACGUUUUUGGAGGAACUGAGACUGGAAAACCAACACUUGAAGCAAAUUUCAUGAAGCGCAAUAAAAAUUUCAUAAAAUCUUCACUGGACGUGCGAGAAAUUUUUUUUUAGUAAAUAUCAGUUUAAAUCAAAAUAUUAUAUUUUAUUUUAUUGUUUAAAUGUCAACUGUAAUAUUUAUAGCUAGUUAUAUGAAACAAAUUUUUUUUAAUUACACGAAAAGAUUUUGACACAAUUACAAUUUUCUGAAACGACUGGCAGAUGUCAGAGGGUGCAAUUUGGAGCGCCGGGAGGAGAAUUUCUGCCUACUUUGAAAUAACUGCAAGGGGUGGCUUAAUUUGAUGCAGUCACGCGAUCCGCUACGUGUAUUACUAGGAAACAAAAGGUAGUCGUCAAAAAUGUAAACAUUGUAGAAAAUAUGAUUUGGGUGUGAACCAGAAGAUCGUGAAAAGUGAAACAUAAUGAUAGGAGGCCUCAGGAGGAGCGGGGUGAAGAAGUACUUUUACGACUCUUUAAGUGGGCAUAGAAUAUGGCAACGAGGAGAGAUUUUCGAAUUGAUGAAUUCCUAUGAAAAACACAAAUACUUAUUUGGCGUCGUGUCUUCAGACGAGGACGUGUGGAUUUUAAUCGCCUCAAAUUUGCAAGACCGAGGAAUUGAGGUGACAGCUCGGCAGGUGAGCGCCAAGUGGGCGCGCAUGAGAGAGACGUUUAAGAAGAUCGGUGAGGCGGAGUCGCUCGCAACAAAAGAGCUCCAAAAGCCUCUGAAGAUGGUGUCCUUUGAAGCACCAGCCGGCUUUGCAGAGAAUUUUUUUCUGUCCAAGCCCACCGCUGGCCAGAGUCGCCCACUCUUAUCGCAAUUGCGCACUCCCUCCCGUAAGUUGAGCCGUUCGGCCGUCGCUGCCACCAGACAGCUCGACGACUACGAGACACUCAAAACCAUGUACAAACUAAGCCUGCUGAGGGAUUAAUGGCACGAGGAUUCAAAGUGCAGAUAUCAAGAAUUCUUCCCAAGCGACCAUAAAAUAACGGUGGACCACACCGUCGAUCACGGCAGUCUGAACUACAGCCGGACUGAGGUGUCAUUUGCCAUCAUCAGUCUAUUUUUGAUGGUCAUGGGAUUCUUC